AAUCUUCAUACAUUGACAGAUUCACUUUCAUUAAUGAUAGUAAACUCAAUAUUGAAUCAUUGAUUGAGAAUCUGAAGAAUGUGAUAAUGAAGAAAUUGCUCAUGUCAUAUGUAACUGAGUCUUUCAUGUCAUCUUCUACUUCUUCUGUUUCUUUCUCUAUCACUCUCUCUCAAACUUCUACAUCUGUCUCUGUAUCUGAUUCUCUUACUUCUGCUAUCUCUGUUCCUGUGACUCUCACUUCUGCUACUUCUGCUUCUUCUGGUUUUGCCAUCUCUGCUUUUAUUAUCAGCUCUCUCUGUUUCAAGAAGAUGUUGCAUAGACUUGAUAAAUCAU